CGUGACGCGGUGCGGAGGGGGGGGGUGUGUGGGGUGAGAGGUCAGGCGGCCAUCUUGUGCAGGGCCCGGGGCCCACCACGGACAGACAUGGCGUCGUUUACCGAGCCGGCCCUGGAGAAGAAGCUGUCGGAGCUCAGUAACUCGCAGCAGAGCGUGCAGACCCUGUCGCUGUGGCUGAUCCACCACCGGAAGCACGCGGCGAACAUCGUGAGCGUCUGGCACCGGGAGCUGCGGAGAGCCAAGUCAAGCCGGAAGCUGACGUUCCUAUACCUGGCCAAUGAUGUUAUUCAGAACAGCAAACGCAAAGGACCUGAGUUUGCUCGCGAGUUCGAGAAUGUUCUUGUAGAUGCCGUUCUGCAUGUUUCCAGUGAAGCGGAUGAUGGUUGCCGGAAACCUUUGGAGAGGCUGCUUCACAUCUGGCAGGAGCGCAGUGUCUAUUCCGCCGAGUUUGUCCAGCAGCUCAGACUAGCGAUCGAUGGCGAGGACAGUCCCAGGGAACCCCAAGUGAGUGAGGAAAAGCCGCCCCCGAUGACUACAUCGUUGAAACGUAGUAUACAUCAAGUCCAAGAAGAGGAAGAUGAUUACCCAACCAGUUACUCCCCACGGGACCCUUCAACUGGACCCCCUCUGGCUGAUGAUCUUAUUAAAGCUCUACAAGACCUCGAAAAUGCGGCAUCGGGUGAUGCGGCCGUGAGGCAGAAAAUUGCAUCCCUCCCUCAAGAGGUCCAAGAUGUGUCUUUGCUGGAAAAGAUUACAGACAAAGAGGCAGCAGAGCGGCUAUCGAAGACUGUAGACGAGGCAUGUCUAUUGUUGGCAGAGUACAAUGGGCGCCUGGCAGCAGAGUUAGACGACCGGCGACAGCUAGCAAAGAUGCUGUUGGAAUAUACGCAGACUCAGAACGAAGCUUUAACAAGCAAGGAGAAAAAGCUAGAGGAAUACAAACAGAAGCUUGCACGUGUAACGCAAGUCCGAAAAGAGCUGAAAUCCCACAUACAGAGCCUUCCGGACCUUUCGCUACUUCCCAAUGUCACAGGGGGGCUGGCGCCACUUCCUUCAGCGGGAGACCUGUUCUCUACUGACUAAGAUCAAUCCCCGUCUUCCCACCUGGGCCUUUCCUUGCUCUCCCCCACAUGUUCAGUAAACACCAGCAUCGUAGAGGGCAUGGAGGAGAGCUCAAAGAGACUGGAAGCCUAUCCUGCUAUGUGAUUUGCGUGGUCCUGCUCCUAAACCAUCUUAGCGGAGUAGCAACUGCUGUCACCUUUUGUCCCUUUCUCUUCCAUGUAGUGGAAAAAGUCUUCAACCCGUUAUGACUACAGCCUUGCUAGGCUACCACCAUCUAUGUUGAUCCCAAUGUUUUUUGCUUUUUUUUUUUUUUUUUCCUCAUUUUAUUUUUUUAGAGACUUGUUUAUGGAGUGCACUCAGAUUAUGUUUCUGUAUCCGCUUUCUGGCCGCUUUGAAUAGCCUUUUUCUGUUCUUUAGAAGAGAUGAUGCAGAAAUGAUACAAAAUACACAAUAUAAUGUGUGCAAUUUAAGAACAAUAGUGAAGUUGUGUCUAUUUAAAAACCAAAAAAAAAAAACAGUUACAACUUUCUGAUCACUCUUUUUGGAUUUAAAAGUGCACCUAUAGGGGUGAUCUAGAACCAAAGUUUACAUUAGAGACAAUAAUAAGAGAAAGUUGUGCUUUAGAAAGUACUUCGGCGUCCCGGUUUAGUUUGGUGCCAGACAAAGAAUUAUGGGAAUAUCGAUGCUUAGUUUACAAUCUCUGUGAGAGUGUUCCUUUUUGUCUAUUCUAUACUCCUUUUGUAUGAAGCAAGCCGAUCCCUUGAAUCACCUUUACCAAUAUAUUUUUGGCCCCUUAACGAAGGACUUAAUUAGUGAGAAUAAAAAAAAAAACCGAAAACUAAAUUAGAUAAUUUACCACCUGAGUUUAACAUAAAAAGAGAUUGAAAUACGAACUCGCCUAGAAAGAUGAAAUGGUAUUAAUUAGAAAAUAGUAAGAGUUUAUUAAAAAUGAUUGAAAAAUAUACUAGGAAUUGGCCAGAUACAUGCUGGGAAUGUGUUUUUAAGACAGUAUUUGAAAAUGUUAACACGUUAAUCUGUUUCACCAUUGAGCAGAAAUAAUACAGUGUGUUUUUGAUGCUGUGUUGAUUAGUGGAAUGGUAUAUAUUCGAUUAAAGGGACGCUCCAGGCACCAGUACAACUUUAACGCAUUUGAUAGUUUUGGCCUUAUUCAAAGAUUACGCCAACCGGAAACCAACAGUGCUGUGCAUUGGAGUAACCCUUCCUAGCCUGCGCCACCCUCCACUGAAAAAAAAAAACACUAAAACUCCCCUCGAUCCAGCAAUAAGGUCACGUUCUAGCAUCCACCUGAUCUUCAUCUGUUGAUGUUCCUCCCCCUCGCUGCAAGGGGAGGGGAUCAGGGAGCGCGGACUGAAUGGGGUAUAGGGGCCACGGGCUGUUUGCUGCCGCUAUGCUGGUAACAGACUGCAAUUUUGCCCAGCAUUAUUAGUCAAAUAUCUGACAGGGGUGGACUUACAAAUCUAGCUGCAGAGGUGUUAAUCUUCGUACGUGCAGCAUUUCAAAACAAUACACUGACUACAGGCACCAUGACCACUUCAGAUCACUGAAUGUGAUUGUAGCAGAGCUCAGUACAACACAUAGUACCUGGGACAAGAACUGACUUUAUUGCAGCUGUGCAGAGGUAUUUUAUACUCACAUAGGGUCAUUUGCAUACAGUAGGGUAAUUAACCGUCUAUACAUUUCCCCAUCAAGUCUUCUUCCCUGAACCCCUUAAGGACACAACUUCUGGAAUAAAAGGGAAUCAUGAUGGAAUAUUUCCGUCAUGUGUCCUU